GCUAUAGUAGGCUAUAGUGGCGCGAGGCUCUUUCCCGAGGCCAGUCCUAGUCCAGUCUCUCUUUAUAAUUGUCGCGAAAGAAAGGGCCACACGCACACAUAUUGAUAGAGAGAGAGAGAGAGAGAGAGUGAGAGAGAGAGCGAGAGAGGAAGAGAGAGAGAGAGGGUGAGAGAGAGAAAGAAAAAAAGAAAGAAAGAGACAGCUGACAUUACUGAUCGAGAGAAGAAGAAAGAUAGAAAGCAAGUAAGAAAGCAAGAGAAAGCAAGAAAGAAAAAGAGAGAGAGAGAGAGAGAGAGUGCGGGCAAAAAAAAAGAGAGAUACAUUGGUCCUCCCUCUUAUCGCGAUAGAUCGAGUCUCGAUCUCCAUCGAGAUUCGUUGUCUUUCUCUUAGUAGAGUGGUUAAACAAAGUGCAAACGGUAGCCUGUGUUGGAUCCUUGACGUCAGAGCAGCAGCCCCGUGCCGUUCAAGGAUACAUCGUCUUCGUAGAAGAUGGCGAGCCAAGAUCCAAAGUGGCAGAAGGAUGCCGCGGAUCAGAACUUCGAUUACAUGUUCAAACUUCUUAUAAUCGGCAACUCGUCGGUCGGUAAAACGUCUUUCCUCUUCCGUUAUGCGGACGAUUCCUUCACCUCGGCCUUCGUGUCGACCGUCGGAAUCGACUUUAAAGUGAAAACGGUCUUCAGAAACGAUAAAAGGGUCAAGCUUCAAAUCUGGGACACGGCCGGUCAAGAAAGAUACAGGACGAUCACAACGGCCUAUUAUAGAGGCGCAAUGGGCUUCAUCCUGAUGUAUGACAUUACGAACGAGGAGUCCUUCAAUUCGGUGCAAGACUGGGUGACGCAGAUAAAGACCUAUUCGUGGGAUAAUGCCCAAGUAAUCCUCGUGGGCAACAAGUGCGACAUGGAGGACGAGAGGGUGAUCAGCUUUGAAAGGGGUAAACAAUUGGCGGACCAAUUAGGUGUGCAAUUUUUUGAGACAUCCGCUAAGGAGAACAUUCAAGUGAAGGCGGUGUUCGAACAGCUGGUAGACAUAAUAUGUGACAAGAUGAGCGAAUCGUUGGAUAAUGAUCCGACAUUGAUGGCAGGUGGUGCGGGCCAGGCUAAGGGUCAACGACUCACCGAUCAGCCGACCAAUCCAGCGAAUACUAAUUGCAAUUGCUAAGAAGAAGUAGAAAGCAAAUGAUGACAGAGCGAGGGAGAGAAAGAAAGAGAGAGAGAGAGAGAGAGAGAGAGAGAGAGAGAGAGAAAGAGAGAGAGAGAGAGAGAGAGAGAGAGAGAGAGAGAGUGAGAGAAGAAAAAAAGGCGAAGAGAGGAAGAGAGAAAGAGAAUGUGUGUAUGAGUGUGUGGAUGCAUGUGUAUGAGAGAAAGAGAGGAAGAGAGAGAACGAGAGAGAGAGAGAAAGAGAGAGAAAGAGAGAGGGAGAAAGAGAGAAAAAGAGAGAGAGAGAGAAAGAGAGAAAGAGAGGAAAAAAUCGUGCUAUUUGCGCGUUACGCUGGCUCUAGCUAGUCUUACCUUCUUCGUCGUUCCUUUGUCCGUUAUUAUAUUAAAUAUUAUUAAAAUUAAUAUUAUUAUUAUUAUUAUUAUUAUUAUUAUUAUUAUUAUUAUUAUUAUUAUUAUUAUUAUUAUUAUUAUUAAAUGAUCUCUCGUUCGGUUCGUCGACAUUUUUCAUUCUUUUUCCCUUCUCUAUCUUUCUCGAAGCGAAGAAAUGGAAAAGAAAAAGAAAAAAAAAAAAGGACAGAAUAUAUAUAUAUAUAUACAUAUAUAUAUAUAUAGCAUAUAUGUAUGAGUAUAUAUGCAUACGUACGUGCGGGUGAAAGCGUAUAUGUGUAUAUAUUUGUAUGUAUUUAUGUAUAGAUGUACGACGGUCGUGAGCCGAUCAUGCUGACGGUGCCGACCCCCUCCCUCCCCUCCCGCCGUCAUCACCACCGCCGCCGUUGCCACCGCCGCCAUCGCCGCCGCCCCACUUUUGGAGCUUUUGUAUGUUUCUCUCCGAAAUUAUCGGAGUUUCGACGUCGUCGUCCUUUUUUUCGACUCUUCGAUGAUGAAAACAAAUUUCAUGUGUUACAAGUUAAAAAAGUAAAAAAGGAGACUAGAGAGUAAGAGGAGGGGAGAGAGAGAGAGAGAGAGAGAGAGUAUAUGAUAUUCAGCGCACGACGAUGAUAUAAUGAGGACUUGAAAUUCGAUCGAACUUAACCGUAAAAUUAACCGCGUCAGCUACUCACUUGUGUUGGAAUUUGGGACGAGCGAUUUAGAGCAAAUUCCGUAGUACGUUCUAUCCCCAUGUCUCCUCCACCUCAAUCGAUGAAUUCCGAACAAUUUGUGGGAGAUCUGUUUCCGAUCUAUCUUUCCCUCUACCUCCCUCUCUGACUCUCUCUCUCUCUCUCUGUCUUUCUGUCUCUCUGUUUUUCUAGUUUACUCUCUCUCUUUCUUUUUUCGACUUUGACAAAAUCGGAUUCGGAUGCUUCUAAUAUUAACGAAUAUUUGAGAAAGAGAGAAUGAGGGGAGAGAGAGAGAUUGAAAGAGAGAGAGAGAGAGAGAGAGAGAGAGAGAGAGAGAGAAGGAGAGAGAAGAUAAACGAAAAUGAAAUUACUUUUGUCGUUUGUUAAUAAAACAUCGUCAAAUUUCAAACGUGUGAAACGAGAGAGAGAAAGAGAGUUUAGAGUUUUCUCUUUAAAAAGCGUUCAAAUGAGGUCUCUCGUGAUACAUGUAUGUAUACGUAUGUAUGUAUAUACAUAACUACUUAUAAAAUAUAAACACACACACACACACACAUAUUUAUAUGCGUGUAUACAAUCGAAAUGGAUGGAUAUUUAUGCGUUAAACGUUAACCAAAGAUUUGUUGUUAAUUAAUUAAAUCGUAUAUUAUCGCCGAUAAUAGAAAUUUCGAAUCGAAAGUACGACGACGUCGAUUAAAAAAAAAAAAAAAAAAAGAAAAAAAAAAACACGCGUACGCGCACGAUCUACAAUCCUAUCGCGCCCUUUUUAAAGCUCGAGUAUCUCGCAAAAGGCUUGGUACACGUGGCACACGAGAAUAUUUCGUAAGAUUAUAUGUGUAGGUAUAUAUAUCGAUGACGGCUGAAGUAAGUACGUCGAGCUGAACGAAUUUCUUUUUUUCUUUCUUUUAUCCCUUUUUGUUUCGUUUUUUGAGUAUCGGGAGGGUGGCGUUGAUACUACACAUAUAUGUACAUGUUGAACGGUUGAAUAUGUAUAUGCAUAUAUGUAUAUUUAUAUAAUAUAUGCAUAUCGUAUAUGUAUAUAAUAUAUAGAUAUACAUGUAUAAAAAUCAAUGUUUAAAAAUCACUCCGAAAUAAAACAGUGUAAUAUUAAGGAGUUCCACUGAAACCAUCGACGUAAUGAUAAUAAUAAUAAUGAUAAAUAAUAAUAAUAAUAUAAAUAUAAAUAAUAAUAAUGAUAAUGAUAACAAUAAUGAUAAUAAUAUUAUUAAUUAAAAAAAGGAAAAGAAUAAUAAUAAUAAUAAUAAUAAUAAUAAUAACAACAACUGAAUGAAUGUCAUAAGAGAAGAAAUAUUGUCUCUUCUCCCUCUUCUUCGUCUUCUUCGUUUCCUUCUCUUUCUUCUUUACUCGCGAGAGUCAAUAAAAGAAAACUCUCCUGCGAAAUUUACACCUACUCGCGUGACCGUCCACACGUAACUGUCGGAUCGAUUUCGAAAAGAACGUCAAAACUACUUUUCCCCCUUCAUGACGAGGUGUUUCUCCUUGAUCGAUUUACCCACUUACAUACAUACACACACACAUAUAUAUAUAUAAACAAAACUAUUGACGCUUUUUCCGUACUUCUCCAUUUUCAUAUUAUAUAUAUGUGUAUUCGUCUAUCUUAUAUUUCUAAUUUUUUUGACUGUCUUGUUCUUUCGUUUUUUUUUUCUUAAAAACGAGAAAGAAAGGGGUGAAAGGAAUUAAAAUUAUAAAAAAAAAACAAAAAGAAAGAGAGAGAGAGAGAGAGAGAGAGAGGGAGAGAGAAAGAGGAAGGAAAAAAAACAAAGCCAAAAGAAAAUAAGUGCAUCGAUGUCGGCGUCAAUUAACGGAGUAAGAGGAUAGCAGAAAAAAAAGACAAACGAACAAACAAAUAAAUAAGAAAAUUAUUAUAUAAAAGGGAAACAAAAACGCGUAUAAUAUACAUAUUUAUGCAACUUGAUUAUACGUGAACUUAAAAAUUAGAUGAUGAUUGAUUGACAGAUAAACGUCUUAAAAAGUUACUUUGGCCGUCGUGCGACGAUAAAGAAGAAAAGAAAUGAAAAUGAAAAGAAAAAGAGAGCGAGAGAGAGAGAGAGAUUGAGAGAGAUCAUAUUAGGCAAGCUGCCUUCUGUAAAUAUGUGCGAGAGAUAUUAAACAAAAAGUACACAAUAUUAACAUACGUACAUAUAUAUAUAUAUAUACACACACACAUAUAUAUAUUAUUGAAUCUGUAAUGAACUGUAAUGUAUGCGUUAAAUUUAUUCAUGUGAAACUCAAUGAAGAAGAAAAGAAAAAGAAAAUGGAAAAAAAGAAAAAGAAAUCGCUCGUAGCUGUACCGUCGGCGAUCUAUGCGCAAAAGAUCGAGGUUUACUACUGAUCAAUGUUUGAACUUCGAACAUUUUAAAAGAGAAAAAAUAUUUCGUUUGUUACACUUUAAGAAAUUGUUGUCGGGCGGCGCGAGCACUUGUAUGUAUGUAUUGUAUCGUAUGUAAACUACAUUAAAUAUAUAUAUAUACACACACACACACAUAUAUAUAAAUAUAUAUUAUAUAUAUAUAUGUGUGUGUGUGUGUGUGUAUUAUAAUAUGCCUAAUAUAUUAAUAAUGAUGGUUGAAACCAUUUGGGAGAAGAUAAAAAAAUAAAGAAUCUAAGAUUAAUCUAAACGUGGAGAGAUGAAUGAAGAGAGAGAGAAAGAGAGAGAGAGAAAGAGAGAGAGAGAGAAAGAUAUAUAUAUAUACACACAGAUACACUUACAACAUGUACGUGGAACUUACUUCGCAGAUGUUCCGUUGAUCGUUUAUACAAAUCGAAUAACGCACUCGUGCUAUUAAUAAGUUGUAGAAUUGUUUAACCGAGUCGAACUUCUAUGGUAAAUGUUUUUGCGGAUUUAUGCGUAUCAUUGUGUUAAGCUGUAUGUAUAACGUGUGUACGCAUGCUCUGAUCAUCAUAGAUCAAAAGCGUAAAGAGGGGUGGGAGAAGGGUGAACGAAGAGAACGAGGAAGAGUUUUACUUAUGAUUUAGACUUUGGAUUUAGAAAUGUGUGAAUGUCGAGAAUUUAAACAAAAAAAAAAAAGGAAAAGAAAAAAAAAUAAAAGAUCCGGGGAGAAUAAUUAUGAGUGCGUGUACGUGUGCGUAAGAUUCUGUGUGCGAGCGUGUGUGUGUGUGCGUGCAGGUUUGAGAGAGAAAAUGGAAUAAAAGGAUUCUCGACGAAGAAAAAAAUAAAAAUGAUGGAGAAAAACGAUGUUAUAGAAGAGUGUGGCGAGAGUACGGCGCAGUAUAUAUAUACACACACAUACAUACAUAUAUAUAUAUAUAUAUAAUAUACAUAUAGGUAUAAACGAUCGUACGUAAUGUGCGGUAUGAGAGAGAGAGAGAGAGAGAGAGAGAAAGAGAGAGAGAGAGAGAGAGAGAGAGAGACGAAAAUGAACAAAACAAAAGAACAAGAAGAUACAAACAUACUAACAAAGCAGCAGAGUAAAAAGCUACAUAUAAUUUGCAAUACGUGUACAAAUAAUUGAGAAAAAAAAAGAAGGAAAAAAAAAGAACCCAAGUACGAAGGACCAAUUCGCAUUACUCGAGGGGGGUGUUCUGCUUCUGUGUUCUCUCACACAUGCACGCACGCACUCACUCUCACAUACACACACACAUACACAGGCACAUAAAUGAACAAACACUUCUAAUCCUUCUUGGCUGACACGUUAAUACUACUGUUGCUAAUUGUCAAUGAUACCGAGAUACAGACGUAUACAUGCAUACACCACGUAGGACCAUUUAAAACAAGUUCCCCCCUUUUGUCGAGCACCACGUGCAAACAAUACUACUUUUUACACUACUACUGCCCGGUUCUUCGCUUAUUAGGACGAAACUUUCUAUUGUCAUCCUUCUCUUUCUACAUAUAAUUAAGCGUACUUCGUGCCGCUACUGGUCUUCCAAGAUUAGAGAACGUUCCUUUUAAGAGAAAAAAAGAAAAAAAAAAAGAAAGAAAGAAAUGAAGGAAGUAAGGAAGGAAGAAAGGAAGGAAGAAAGAAAGAAUGAAAAAAGAAAUAAGAAAACACGGGAAUAGGAAUAAAACGAUCGUCAUGAUAUUAUUGUGCUGGCACGUUAUUUGGAGUGAGUGAGAGAAGGGGUUGAAAGUUCGUAAGGAUAUUUGAAAAUAAAAAUUCCACGUAUCCGUCGUA